AUGGAGCCAGAGUCCCUCUACAACCUGCUUCAGCUCCCCAGGCAGGUGGACCCGCCAGCGGAAGCCGAGCUCCCACAAGGAGAAAAGAAGAAAUACCUGCCACCCACCUCCCGGGAGGACCCCAAAUUUGAAGCACUGCAAAAGGUGCUGGUGGAGUGGAUCAACGCCACCCUCCUCCACGAGCACAUCGUGGUGCGCAGUCUGGAAGAGGACAUGUUUGACGGGCUCAUCCUGCACCACCUCUUCCAGAAGCUGGCGGCCGUCAAGCUGGAAACAGAGGCUAUCGCCCUGACGGCCGCCAGCCAGAGACGCAAGCUCGCGGUGGUCCUGGAGGCUGUGAACCGGGGUUUACAGCUGGAGGAGCCGCAGGCCAAGUGGAGCAUGGAGGCCAUCUUCAACAAGGACCUGCUGGCCACACUGCACCUCCUCGUGGCCCUGGCCAAGCACUUCCAGCCCGACCUGCCCCUCCCGACCAACGUCCAGGUGGAGGUCAUCACCAUCGAGAGCACCAAGAGUGGUCUGAAGUCAGAGAAGUCGGUGGAACAACUCACAGAAUGCAGCACAGACACGGACCAGUCUUCGAAGGACGUCUUUGAUGAAUUAUUUAAGCUGGCUCCAGAGAAGGUGAACGCAGUGAAAGAGGCCAUUGUGAACUUCGUCAACCAGAAGCUGGACCGCCUGGGCCUGUCUGUGCAGAAUCUGGACAGCCAGUUUGCGGAUGGAGUCAUCUUACUCUUGCUGAUUGGGCAACUGGAAGGCUUCUUCCUGCACUUAAAGGAAUUCUACCUCACUCCCAAUUCUCCUGCAGAAAAGCUGCACAACGUCACCCUGGCCCUGGAGCUGCUGAAGGAGGAAGGUCUGCUCAGCUACCCCGUCAGCCCUGAGGACAUCGUGAACAAGGAUGCCAAGAGCACCCUGAGGGUGCUCUACAGCUUGUUUUCCAAGCACAAGCUGAAAGCAGACGUGGAUGGGACACCCUGAGGAGCCUCGAAGUAACCCUCGCUGUCCCCCAGAGCUCGGAGCCUGCCUGCCCGCCCCGCUGGACAGCCCAAAGCCACAGGGGCUUCCCCACAAUUCUGCUAUUCCCAUGUGUGUGACCUGUCUGCCCUCCCACCCUGGCUCCUGUGUCCCUCUGUCUAAGUAUUUUGAACUCACUGGUGUG